ACUCUGUUUUGAGUUAAUUUUUAUUUAUAGUAUGAGGAAAGGAAGGGGUCCAGUUUAUUAACUUGUUUGCAUAUAGAUAUCCAGUUGUCCCAGUACCAUUGGUUGAAAUGGCUAUUCUUCCCCUCUAUUGACUUGUCUUGGCACCAUUAUCGAACAUGAAGGUCUUUGUAGGCAAUAUUUAAAAAUUAUAUUUUGUCCUGAAAGCAUUGGAGAAUAUUUUAAAGGAUUGUAAGUAGGGAAAUGAUUCAGUGUGUGAGUUAAGAGUCUACUUUUAUCAACAAGACAAAGGUUGUAAACUAAGGUUGACAGACUAAGGUUGUAAACGGGAAUUAACAUUUAGGAAUGCAGUUAGCUUCUGCACCCCCAAUAUACUUUAUCUUUCAUUCAGAUUAUUUCUGUGCCUUGGUUUCUAUAUUUUUCCUUAAGCAGCUCUUAAAUUCCCCUAGUAUUUUUGAUAAUAAUUGUGAACUCUAUCCCUUUUUUGUUUGUUUUUUGCUGGGUGGGAGCCUGUGUGGCUUGGUUCUUCUGUUAGAUAUUUUAGAGUAUUUUAUACUAAGCUGGAAUUUGUACUGAUGACCUAAGUCCUUUUGUAUUGAAUUUUUAUUUUUAAACAGAAAGUUAGAAAUAUCCUCUGGAAAACUGGCCAGAUUUGCAGAUGGCUCUGCUGUAGUACAGGAAUUUGCCAGUGUUGUUGUUUAUGUUUAAGUCAGGUGACACUGCAGUGAUGGUCACAGCAGUCAGUAAAACAAAACCUUCACCUUCCCAGUUCAUGCCUUUGGUGGUUGACUAUAGACAGAAGGCUGCUGCAGCAGGUAGAAUUCCCACAAACUAUCUUAGAAGAGAGAUUGGAUCUUCUGAUAAAGAAAUUCUUACAAGUCGAGUAAUAGAUCGUUCAAUUAGACCUCUCUUUCCAGCUGGCUACUUUUAUGAUACACAGGUACUUUGUAAUCUGUUAGCAGUAGAUGGUGUUAAUGAACCUGAUGUUCUAGCAAUUAAUGGUGCUUCUGUAGCCCUCUCAUUAUCAGAUAUUCCUUGGAAUGGACCUAUUGGGGCAGUCCGAAUAGGAAUGAUUGAUGGAGAGUGUGUUGUUAAUCCAACACGGAAAGAAAUGUCUUCCAGUACUUUAAAUCUAGUGGUUGCUGGAGCACCUAAAAGUCAAAUUGUUAUGAUGGAAGCCUCUGCAGAGAACAUUUUACAACAGGACUUUUGCCAUGCUAUUAAAGUGGGGGUAAAAUAUACCCAACAAAUAAUUCAGGGCAUCCAGCAGUUGGUAAAAGAAAUUGGUGUUACCAAGAGGACACCUCAGAAGUUAUUUACCCCUUCACCAGAGAUUGUGGAACACACUCAUAAACUCGCCAUGGAAAGACUCUACGCGGUUUUUACUGAUUAUGAACAUGAUAAAAUUUCCAGAGAUGAAGCUAUUAACAAGAUAAGAUUAGAUACAGAGGAACAACUAAAAGAAAAGUUUCCAGAGGCUGAUACAUAUGAAAUAAUAGAAUCCUUCAAUGUUGUUGCAAAGGAGGUUUUUAGAAGUAUUAUCUUGAAUGAAUACAAAAGGUGUGAUGGUCGAGAUUUGACUUCACUUAGGAAUUUAAAUUGUGAGGUAGAUAUGUUUAAAAUUCUUCAUGGAUCAGCAUUAUUUCAGAGGGGACAAACACAGGUACUUUGUACUGUUACGUUUGAUUCAUUAGAAUCCAGUAUUAAGUCAGACCGAGUUAUAACAGCCAUAAAUGGGAUAAAAGAUAAAAAUUUCAUGCUGCACUAUGAGUUUCCUCCUUAUGCAACUAAUGAAAUUGGCAAAGUCACUGGUGUGAACAGAAGAGAACUUGGGCACGGUGCUCUUGCUGAGAAAGCUUUGUAUCCUGUUAUCCCCAAGGAUUUUCCUUUCACCAUAAGAGUCACAUCUGAAGUCCUAGAGUCAAACGGAUCAUCUUCAAUGGCAUCUGCAUGUGGUGGAAGCUUAGCAUUAAUGGAUGCAGGAGUUCCAAUUUCAUCUGCUGUCGCAGGUGUGGCAAUAGGAUUGGUCACUAAAAACAAUCCUGACAAGGAUGAAAUAGAAGAUUAUCGAUUGCUGACAGAUAUUCUGGGAAUCGAAGAUUACAAUGGUGACAUGGAUUUCAAAAUAGCUGGCACUAAUAAGGGAAUAACUGCAUUACAGGCUGAUAUUAAAUUACCCGGAAUACCAAUAAAAAUUGUAAUGGAGGCCAUUCAACAAGCCUCAGUGGCAAAGAAGGAGAUUUUACAGAUUAUGAACAAAACUAUUUCAAAACCUCGAGCAUCUAGAAAAGAAAAUGGACCUGUUGUAGAAACUAUUCAGGUUCCAUUAUCAAAACGGGCAAAAUUUGUUGGACCAGGUGGAUAUCACUUAAAAAAGCUUCAGGCUGAAACAGGAGUAACUAUUAGUCAGGUGGAUGAAGAAACAUUUUCUGUAUUUGCACCAACACCCAGUGCUAUGCAUGAAGCAAGAGACUUCAUUACUGAAAUCUGCAGAGAUGAUCAAGAGCACCAACUAGAAUUUGGAGCAGUGUAUACUGCCACAAUAACUGAAAUCAGAGACACUGGAGUAAUGGUUAAACUAUAUCCAAAUAUGACUGCAGUACUGCUUCAUAACACACAACUUGAUCAACGAAAGAUUAAACAUCCUACUGCCUUAGGAUUAGAAGUUGGCCAAGAAAUUCAGGUGAAAUACUUUGGACGUGAUCCAGCUGAUGGAAGAAUGAGGCUCUCUCGUAAAGUGCUACAGUCUCCAGCUACAACUGUUGUCAAAACUCUAAAUGACAGAAGUAGUAUUGUAAUGGGAGAAUCUGUUUCACAGUCAUCAUCUAAUUCUUCCCAGUGAUUUGGUUGUUUUAAAGAGAAUUCUAGAAUGAUAUUCUGUAGAGCAAAAUUUCAGUAGUGUCUUCUAAUGUAUAGAUUUAUAUAUAGUAUAAAUAUAUUCUAAUGAUUUGUAUUAAAAUGCUCAUUUUAUG